AUGGAGAAUAGUCUUGGAUGUGUUUGGGUACCAAAGCUGGCUUUUCUACUCUUCGGGUUUUCUCUGAUCAGCCUGCAUCUUCAAGUCACCGGUUCACAGGUUAAGGGUUUUACAUCAUUACGGUUCCUGACUGAGCCUUCAGAUGCUGUCACCAUGCGUGGAAGUAAUGUGCUGCUGAACUGCACAGCGGAGUCAGAUCAAGGAAUUCCAGUCAUCAAGUGGAAGAAAGAUGCUGUGUUCUUAAACUUGGCGGUGGAUGAAAGGAGACAGCAGUUGGCCAAUGGUUCCCUCUUGAUACAAAACAUAGUCCAUUCCAGACACCACAAGCCAGAUGAGGGUGUCUACCAGUGUGAGGCAUCUUUAGAAGGCACUGGGGCUAUCAUCAGUCAGACAGCUAAAGUCACAGUAGCAGGACCACUGAGGUUUCUUUCCCAGACAGAAUCUGUCACAGCUUUCACAGGAGACACCGUGUUGUUGAAGUGUGAAGUGGUUGGAGAGCCCAUGCCAACGGUACACUGGCAGAAAAACCAGGAGGACAUGACCCUUAGCUUCAGUGACACCCGGAUAGUUGUCUUGCCCUCUGGAGCUUUACAAAUCAGCAGAAUUCAAAUGGGGGAUAGUGGGAUCUACAGAUGCCUUGCAAAAAAUCCAGCUAGUUCAAGAACAGGAAAUGAAGCAGAAGUCAGAGUAUUGGCAGAUCCAGGCUUGCACAGACAGCAGUUUUUCCUGCAGAGACCGUCAAACGUGAUGGCUGUUGAAGGAAAUGAUGCCAUUCUCGAGUGUUGUGUUUCUGGAUUUCCCACCCCCACUUUCACAUGGAUGCGUGGAGAUGAAGUGAUCCCAGUCAGGUCCAAAAAGUAUUCCUUAUUGGCCGGCAGUAACUUACUUAUCUCUAAUGUGACUGAUGAUGAUUCGGGGACAUACACGUGUAUAGUCACCUAUAAGAAUGAGAAUAGCAGUGCCUCUGCAGAGCUCUCAGUGAUGGUUCCUCCAUGGUUUUUAAUUCGUCCUUCAAAUCUCUAUGCGUAUGAGAGUAUGGAUAUUGAGUUUGAAUGUGCUGUCUCUGGUAAGCCCGUCCCUACAGUGGAUUGGAUCAAGAAUGGAGAAGUGGUGAUUCCUAGUGAUUAUUUUCAGAUUGUGGGUGGCAGCAACUUGCGGAUUCUGGGCUUAGUAAAGUCAGAUGAAGGUUUUUACCAGUGUGUAGCUGAAAAUGAUGCUGGCAAUGCACAGACCAGUGCGCAGCUAAUCAUCCCCGAGCCUGCUAUCCCAAGUUCCAGUGUCCUCCCCUCUGCUCCCCGAGAUGUGGUCCCUGUUUUGGUCUCCAGCCGAUUUGUCCGUCUCAGCUGGCGUCCACCUGCAGAAACUAAAGGGACUGUUCAGACAUACACUGUCUACUUCUCCAGGGAAGGUGUCAACAGGGAGCGGGGACUGAACACAUCUCAGUCUGGGAUACUUCAGCUUACAGUCGGAAAUCUGAAACCAGAAGAGACCUACACGUUUCGAGUGGUGGCUUACAAUGACUGGGGACCAGGGGAGAGCUCGCAGCCCAUUAAGGUUGCUACACAGCCUGAAUUGCAAGUUCCAGGGCCAGUAGAAAACCUGCGGGCUGUAUCUACCUCACCUACCUCAAUUCUUCUUUCCUGGGACCCCCCUGCCUAUGCAAAUGGUCCAAUCCAAGGAUACAGACUGUUCUGCACAGAGACUGCCACUGGAAAAGAACAGAAUAUAGAGGUUGAUGGACUAUCUUACAAGCUGGAAGGGCUGAAGAAAUUCACAGAGUACACACUACGAUUCCUGGCUUAUAAUCGUUAUGGUCCUGGGGUAUCCAGUGAAGAUAUUACAGUCAUGACACUAUCUGAUGUGCCAAGUGCAAUGCCUCAGAACGUCUCCUUGGAAGUGGCUAAUUCAAGGAGCAUCAAAGUUAGUUGGCUACCUCCACCAUCAGGUACUCAAAAUGGAUUUAUUACUGCCUAUAAAAUCCGACACAGAAAGACUAACCGCAGGGGUGAGAUUGAAACGCUGGAGCCAAACAACCUCUGGUAUUUGUUCACAGGACUUGAGAAAGGAAGCCAGUACAGCUUCCAGGUAGCUGCCAUGACUGUCAAUGGAACAGGCCCCCCUUCUGAAUGGUAUACAGCGGAGACUCCAGAGAAUGAUCUUGAUGAAUCUCAGGUUCCUGAUCAGCCAAGCUCUCUUCAUGUCAGGCCAUUGAUAAACAGUAUCGUCAUGAGUUGGACUCCGCCACUGAACCCAAACAUUGUUGUACGUGGAUACAUCAUUGGCUAUGGAGUGGGCAGCCCGUAUGCUGAGACAGUGCGAGUGGACAGCAAACAGCGUUAUUAUUCCAUUGAAAAUUUGGAGCAAAGUUCCCAUUAUGUAAUUUCUCUGAAAGCCUUUAAUAAUGCAGGUGAGGGAGUGCCUCUUUAUGAAAGUGCCACCACUAGAUCCAUGACAGAUCCCAUUGAUCCAUUAGAAGUUGAUUUUUAUCCUUUGCUUGAUGAUUUCCCUACCUCAGUCCCAGAUAUCUCCACCCCCAUGCUCCCACCAGUAGGUGUCCAGGCUGUUGCACUUACCCAUGAUGCGGUGAGGGUCAUCUGGGCAGACAACUCUGUCCCAAAGAAUCAAAAGACUACUGAGGUUCGGUUUUACACCGUCCGUUGGAGAACCAGCUAUUCUACCAGUGCUAAAUACAAGUCAGCAGAUACAACAGCUUUGAGUCACACUGUAAUAGGCCUUAAGCCAAAUACCAUGUAUGAGUUCUCUGUCAUGGUAACCAAAGGUCGAAGGUCAAGUACAUGGAGCAUGACAGCUCAUGCCACAACUUAUGAAGCAGCUCCCACUUCUGCUCCCAAGGAUUUGACAGUCAUUACCCGGGAAGGGAAGCCUCGAGCUGUCAUUGUUAGCUGGCAGCCUCCAUUAGAAGCCAAUGGAAAAAUUACUGCUUACAUCCUGUUCUAUACCUUGGACAAGAAUGCUCCAAUUGAUGACUGGGUUAUGGAAUCAAUCAGUGGUGACCGACUUACCCAUCAGAUUAUGGAACUCAACCUAGACACGGUGUAUUAUUUUAGAAUCCAAGCUCGCAAUGCCAAAGGAGUGGGGCCUCUCUCUGAUCCUGUUCUCUUCCGGACUCUGAAAGUUGAGCACCCUGACAAAAUGGCUAAUGACCAAGGUCGUCAUGGAGAUGGAGCCUACUGGCCAGUUGACACAAACUUGAUUGAUAGAAGUAGCCUGAAUGAACCUCCCAUAGGGCAGAUGCAUCCUCCACACGGCAGUGUGACACCUCAGAAGAACAGCAACCUUCUGGUGAUCAUUGUAGUCACUGUUGGGGUCAUUACAGUGGUGGUGGUGGUGAUUGUGGCUGUGAUCUGUACCCGCCGUUCUUCAGCGCAGCAAAGAAAAAAACGUGCUACGCAUAGUGCGGGUAAAAGGAAGGGCAGCCAGAAAGAUCUGAGACCCCCAGACCUCUGGAUACACCACGAAGAGAUGGAAAUGAAGAACAUUGAAAAGCCAUCAGGGUCUGACCCCUCAGGAAGAGACUCACCAAUGCAGAGCUGUCAAGACAUCACUCCAGUCAGCCAUAGCCAGUCUGAAACCCAGAUGGGCAGCAAGAGUGCCUCGCAGUCUGGUCCAGAUACAGAGGAGGUGGGAAGUAGUAUGUCCACGUUAGAGCGUUCACUUGCUGCCCGCAGAGCCACUCGUGCCAAACUCAUGAUUCCAAUGGAUUCACAACCAAGCAACCCUCCUGUUGUCAGUGCCAUUCCAGUACCAACACUGGAAAGUGCCCAGUACCCAGGAAUCCUACCAUCUCCAACAUGUGGAUACCCACAUCCACAGUUCACUCUUCGACCUGUGCCAUUCCCAACGCUCUCUGUUGACCGGACUUUCGGAACAGGAAGAACGGUGAAUGAAGGACCAGCCUCCCAACAGCCAUCCAUGCUGCCACAGACACAGCCUGAACAUCCCAGCACUGAGGACGCCCCCAGCAGAACGAUCCCUACAGCCUGUGUCCGGCCUACACACCCGCUCCGCAGCUUUGCCAACCCCUUGCUACCUCCACCAAUGAGUGCAAUAGAACCGAAAGUCCCUUAUACACCACUUUUGUCUCAAACAGGGCCUAACCUUCCCAAGGCUCAGGUUAAAACAGCAUCCCUUGGAUUGGCUGGGAAAGCAAGAUCACCAUUGCUUCCUGUCUCAGUGCCAACAGCUCCUGAAAAAGCAAGAUCACCUUUGCUUCCUGUCUCAGUGCCAACAGCUCCUGAGGUUUCAGAAGAGGGCCACAAGCAGACAGAAGACCCCGCUAAUGUAUAUGAACAGGAUGAUCUGAGUGAACAAAUGGCCAGUUUGGAGGGGUUAAUGAAGCAACUUAAUGCUAUCACAGGCUCAGCCUUCUAACAGCUAUUGAUGACUAGAUCAAUUGGAUAAUCCAGGAACAUUGCAGCAUACCAGUAUUUCAUGCAUAUCACACAUGUGCACCAGCUCAUAGAAGCACCCUCUUCUCAGUACACUUUGCUCAGUAUAAGAAAGAUUCUUAAUACAUCACACACAUGCACCAGCCCAUAGAAACACCUUCUUCUCAGUACCAUUUGCU